AUGCGGCCUGGGCCCGCGCUCCUGCUCCUGGGCCUGGGCCUGGGCCUGGGCCACCUCCCGCCGCCCGCGGGCCGCCGCGGGACGUUGGCCUGGCCGUCGGGCGCCCUCAGGAGCGCCCCCGGCUCCGGGCAGCGCGGCAGCUUCGCCCGCCUUCGCCCGCAGCCCCGCGCGGCCCGGGAGGGCGGCGUCCUCUGGAGCGGCGCCCCAGCCCCCAGGCGCGCGGACCCGGCCCUCCAGCUCCAACGCCGCGUGCGCGCCCUGCCCCGCGUCCGCCGCCCGUCCUGGAGUCCAGCCUGGACCUCCAGCCCGCGGGUGCCAGGACCCGGCAGAGCCCGCCCCACGCCCCGCUCGGUGCAGCCCGACGGCCGCCGGAGCAGGUGUCGGGUGAGCGCGCCCGAGCGCGAAGGCUUGAAGGCGGCCAACUCGUCGGGCAGCAGGAGCACAGCGCCCUCCCAGUCCUGCCAGUUGGCCGAUUGCGUCAUUCACCGCGUGCAGAUCCGCAGGGACAAAGACCCCGUGCCCUUCAUCUGGAUGAAAGAUAGCUCCAUCAACGCGUCCGUCCAGUACGACUGCCGCAUGAAUGUGUACAUUGUCUACAAGUGGCAGAUCUUUCCCGUCGGCUCCGUAAACCACUUGCCCGACUGGACGCGUCCUCUGCAUAUUCAGCUGCAGGCGAAUCUGCCCCUCUUACGCAUCCCCAAGUUCACUCUGCAGCAGGGARUGUAUGUGUUUAAUUUCAGCAUGACCAUCAACAAGCGGGAUGGAAAAGUCUUAUCCGCGACAGACGCCGUGUACGUCCAGGUUAGCGGACACCCGCUGAAGGCAGUCCUUCUCGGAGGCGCUGAUGUCACAGUGAAUUUCACAGAUGAGCUGAUUCUGGAUGGAAGCAAGUCUUCUGACCCAGAUGCAGACAGGCCCUUAGAGGGGCUCGUUUUUUCUUGGUACUGUACUACAAAUCUAAGCAACUACCAUUUAGAUCAAAUUACAGUGUUCAGUAAGGAAGUCUGUCACCCAGAGCAGACUAGUCUGAAUUGGCUGCAGGCUUCCAGCCCCAAACUGACACUGGCCCCAGAAACACUUAAAGGGGACAGGGUGUAUUAUUUCAGAAUGAUGGUAAAGAAGGGUUCCAAGUCAGCAUUUUCUGAUAAAAGGGUGCGAGUGCUCCCUGGACCACUGCCUACAGCACACAUCUCCUGCACCGAAAACUGCGGCCAGAGUUUAGUCGUAUCAGAUCGAUUCUCUUUGUUCCUUAACUGCAAAGACUGUGUCAGCAGGGACUUCUACAACUGGUCGAUUUUGUCCUCAGCAGGUGAUGAGGUGUUAUUUGACUGGACGAGGCAAACUGUAACGGGGAGGAAUAGUGCUUAUUUGUUGGUAAAAGCUUUUGCCUUUUCACAUUUCUCUGAAGCUCGGUUUUGGGUUUCUGUCUCUCUGACAAGUUGGAAGGGCAUGACCAUGGUGUUUAGAUAUGGCUUCAUCAUCAACCAUGGGCCUCAAGUUGGGAAAUGCCAAGUUAAUCCAGCUAGAGGAUUUGCAGUUGUUACUCAAUUCGUUGUCCAGUGUAGUAAUUUCCAGGAUAAAGACAUUCCCCUUACAUAUAAAGUCAUUGUUUCCGAUGUGGAGAGUGUUGGAGAAAUCAGUUCAGUGGAAGAGAACACCAUGGGGACCACCCUGUAUCUGGGGACAGGGUCCACGGCACCUCCUUCCCUUCUCCCUGCUGGUGUGCCAGCGAAUCAUUAUGCCUUGAAGUUCUAUGCCCAGGUUUAUGACUCCCUAGGAGCUUUUUCUCAGGUGACCUUUUAUGCCACCGUACAGGCUCCUACUGACAAAAACCCUUCAAAGACUGUGUUGGAUCAGUUAGUCCAUCUCACCACAGGACCCACUUCAUUGCUGUCCACUUUGCUUCAAAAGCAGGACAUGUUACCUGCAGGUUACUUAAUAUAUGUAGUGGCUUCUGUCUUGAAUAGCAUGAAAACUGAACCAACACUCCAAGGUGACAAAGUCAAUCUCCAGGAAGAACUUGUCAAACAGUCUUUCAAGCUUCCUGUAAACACUUUGGAUGAAAUUGGCCAGGUAGUGAUGAUCAUCACCAAAUUAACUCAGAAAGGCUCCGAAUUCACUGAACUGGCUCAGCAGAAAGUCCUAGAGAAGCUAUGGCAAGCAAACCAGGCCCUGCAGGAGUAUCAACGAAAAGACAAGAACUUUCGCUCUGAGCAGAUAGACAUCAUGAGCACUGGAAUCCUGAUGAGCUUGUCCAAUAUCCUCCACCUGAUCAUUCAAAAGGGUCGAGUGGUCGAAGAUCCUUUCAAAGUAGUAGAAUCUCUGUCAGACACAAUACUGGCUGACAAAGUGCCAAGCAAUGAGACCACUGUGCUGAGGACUCCCACGCUGAACAUGUAUGUGGAGAGAGUUGAAAAGUGGGACGUUUCCCAGGCUUUCAGAAAUGAGGAAUGCUGCCGAAAUUGCUUCCAUGCUACACUGAAUGCAAGCAGGGUUCCUGGUCUUCCUGAAAAAGCUCCAGUUUCUAUGAUGUUUUAUGAGUUCACAGAUUACCCCUUUCCUUGGUUAAAUGCUGCAGAAAACACUUCUGCAGGGGUGAUUGGGUUCAGAAUGACAGGGGCCACAGAAAAGGGAAAAGUGAUAGAGAUCACACCUGAUGUAGUAGAUGUGUACCUCGUCAGAAAAAACUUGAGCUCUGCGAACUUUAAUCUCACGGUGGGACCCAGCAAGGAGCGUGAGGGGUCCCUGAAGAAAACAACAGGGGGGUUUGAAUUCGAAGUGGACAUCAGAAGAGUCAGGGAGGUGCUGAUCCAUUUUGUUACAGAAGUGACUGUGUUGUUCAAGGUGUUUGUGUACGCAGGCAGUCAGGGUGCCCCUGCUGAUGUGGUCGCUGUCUACAUCAUGCCUCACGACGUCCCUCCAGUUGUAGACCACAGUUGGAGUGACCUAUCUGACGCAGCCUGUGCCGUUAGGGAGGCCCGCGUGGUUUGCCUGCCACCACCCGUGCUACAAAUCAUAGCUCAGCGCAGCCACUCACCCAAGUGUACCAUAUCCAUGGUUCUGCAGGCACCUCAUUUUGUCCUGGAGCCCAGUGACAAGCUAGUGAGAAUCUCUCUCUUCAGUGUGAACUGCAUGGACAUGUACGGGAUCCAGAGGGACUGGAAGGAGGACACCUGUGUGCUGGGUGAGAAGACCACUUGGGAUACAGUGCACUGUGUCUGCAAGAGCGCGGUGAGGACCAGGCGGCAGCUGGGUGCACUCAAGCUGGCCUACCAUCGCCUGCACACCCACUUUGUGACGGCCAGAGUGAUCGUGAUUCCAAAUCCUGUGGAUCUACGGCUCACAGUCAUCGGGAAUGUCAGCCAAAACCCUGUAACCCUUUUCACUGUGCUGUUCAUCAUACUCCUCUACACAGUGCUGGCCUUCUGGGCCUUGCACAGGGAUGAGAUGGACCAGUUUCUUCGGGACCAUGUGAUAAUUCUGCCCGAUAAUGAUCCUUAUGACAGCAUGUGCUAUCUGAUCACUGUUUUUACAGGGAGUCGUUGUGGGGCUGGGACCAGGGCCAAUGUCUUUGUCCAACUUAAUGGAACAAAGAGUAAGAGUGAUGUGCAUUGUUUAAGCCAUCCGCAUUUUAAGACUCUCUACCGUGGGAGCAUCAACACUUUCCUCCUUACAACAAAAAGUGACUUGGGGGACAUCCAUUCCAUCCGUGUGUGGCACAACAAUGAGGGAAGAGCUCCAAGCUGGUAUUUAAGUAGAAUCAAAGUGGAAAAUCUGUUUAACAGACAAAUUUGGCUAUUCAUAUGCCGGAAGUGGCUUUCUGUUGACACCACUUUGGAAGAAACAUUUCCUGUUACCCUCCCAGAUGAGCCUCUGAAAAGAAAGGACUACUUCCUGAUAGAUAUGACCAGGAGGCUAGGGAAGAACCACUUGUGGUUCUCUGUUUUUACUAAUAUUGUUUCUAAGUCGUUCAACAGGCUUCAAAGACUGUCCUGCUGCUUAGCCAUGUUGCUCAGCUCCCUUGUUUGUAACAUCAUGUUCUUUAAUCUAAACGUAAAAGAGCAAUCAAAAGAGGGACGCUACAUCAGAUCAAUGAUGAUAGGAAUUGAAAGUGUCAUAAUYACAAUCCCUGUUCAUCUAUUAAUAACAUUUUUCUUUACUUACUCCCAGAAGAGACCUCAAGUGAGUCCGGAUGAGGUGGCUCCUCARAAGCAUCCCCUUCUGUCAGAAGAAAGUGGGUACUGGAAAGAGCGCCUGGACAAGUGGCAUGCUUACGAAACUUCCAAGGGGGUCAAGCCUGGGCCUUCUAAGUCUUUUGUUCGAGUCACUUUUAAAGAGGAGCAGCAAAGUGUGAGUGAAGAGACCAGCUCCUCGGACAUCCACAAGACCAACACAAAUGCCAGUAACAGAAAUAGAGAAGACGAUCAAGCUGUUCCUUCUCAGCAAGAGAGUCCUCAGCACCUUAACAAGAAGCCCCAGUUUACCUUGCCUUCGUGGUGUGUCUAUGUGGCAUGGUUCCUGGUGUUUGCCACCUGUAGCAUGUCAUCAUUCUUCAUCAUAUUUUAUGGGCUGACUUACGGCUAUGAAAAGUCAGUGGAAUGGCUCUUUGCAUCUGUGUGCUCAUUCUGUCAGUCGGUCUUUUUGGUGCAGCCCUGUAAGAUUAUACUGUUGUCGGCUGCCAAAACAAGUAAGCCGAAGUACUGCAAGAACCUUUCCUGGUCAACCAAGCACGGUUACAUUGAGAUCAGGCUGCGGGAGCUGAUAGUGCCUCCGAAGGAGAUGCAGACCUUCCACCAGCACAUCCUCAACCUCCAGGGCUCAAGGAUGUACCAGCCUCUCACCGAGGAUGAAAUCAGAAUAUUCAGAAGGAAGAAGAGGAUCAGGAGAAGGGCCAUCCUGUUCCUGAGCUAUCUUCUGACCCACUUCAUCUUCCUGGCCCUUCUGCUGCUCCUUAUUGCCCUCCUGCGUCACACUGACAGCUUCUACUAUAAUCAGUUUAUCCGGGAUCAGUUCUCUGUGGAUCUUGCUGCUGUGACAAAGCUGCAAGACAUCUACAGAUGGCUUGAUGGUGUACUCUUGCCUUUGUUCCACAAUGACCUGAACCCAACGUUUCUUAUCGAUAGCUCUUCUAAAAUCCUUGGCCUUCCGCUCCUGAGGCAAGUGAGAGCAAAAGCUGGGGAACGAGUGUGCCUGCCUUCUGAGAACUUCGUGGAGAACAGCAUCUCAAAAGAGAUCCAUUGUCGUCCCAAGUACGGCACUGACCCAGAAGACACAAAAAACUAUUCUAGCUUUUGGAAUGCAGUUAGCAAGCAUGAGACAGACAAUGUCGCCAAUGGGUUUACUUAUAAGCCCCGAGAAAAAAAAUGGGUGUAUUAUUCCUAUGGACUGCUAAAUACCUAUGGAUCUGGAGGGUAUGCAUUCUAUUUUUUUCCAGAACAGCAACAGUUUAAUUCCACAUUGAGGCUCAAAGAACUCCAAGGAGGCAAAUGGCUUGAUGAGAAGACAUGGGCUGUGAUUCUGGAACUAACCACUUUUAAUCCAGACGUCAACCUGUUCUGUAGCAUUUCAGUCCUAUUUGAGGUCUCACAGCUGGGGGUAGUCAACUCCAGCAUAUCCACACACUCCUUCCCGCUUGCUGACUUCAACAGGAAAACAUCAGCAGAGAUCUACUUGUAUGUGGCCAUUCUCAUUUUUUUUCUAGCCUAUGUUGUGGAUGAGGGCUACGUAAUUUUGCAAGAAGGAGCCUCCUACAUGAAAAGUGUUUAUAAUCUGCUCAACUUUGCUUUAAAAUGCAUAUUUACCCUGCUGAUCAUGCUCUUUGUCAGUAAGCACUUCUUGGCCACUGGUGUGAUUCAGUUCUACUUGUCCAGCCCCGAAGACUUCAUUCCCUUCCAUGCGGUUUCUCAAAUAGAUCACACCAUGAGGAUUAUUCUGGCUUUCCUGUUAUUUCUGACCAUUCUGAAGACCCUCAGGUAUUCCAGAGUCUUCUAUGAUGUACGCCUGGCUCAAAGGGCCAUCCAGGCCGCCCUGCCUGGCAUCUGCCACAUGGCCUUUGUGGUAUCUGUGUAUUUCUUUGUGUACAUGGCUUUUGGUUACCUGGUCUUUGGUCAGCAUGAAUGGCACUACAGUAACAUGGUUCAUGCCACUCAGACGAUAUUUUCCUACUGCGUCUCGGCUUUUCAGGACACUGAAUUUUCCAGUAACAGAGUUCUUGGGGUUCUGUUCCUGUCAUCAUUCAUGCUGGUGAUGAUCUGUAUCUUGAUCAACUUAUUUCAGGCUGUGAUCCUCUCUGCUUAUGAGGAGAUGAAGCAGCCUGUGUAUGAGGAGCCAUCGGACGAGGUGGAAGCCAUGACCUACCUGUGUCGCAAACUAAGAGCUGCAUUUACAUUUCUGACCCCUCAGUCUAAGCACAAGGAUGAGUCGGAGUUCCUCGCCACCAUGUUGUAUGGGCAGCCAGAGAAGAACAGCCACCGGUACCUGGGGCUGAAGACCAGAAACAUCAAUGGGAAGAAAAUGGUCUACCUCGUKGUUUGA